GUCUGUGGAAAGUCUGUGCUGCUAUCUGCUGGUAGAGGUGGGAACAGAGAGAAGAAAGCUGCUGAUCACGUUGCAGCUGCUUUACAGUCAUGUGUUUGGGUGGGGCACUUAUUUCUGGAAACGAAACCUACGAGAGACAAAAUCCAGUUGGUACGCUUGCAGAGGAAUAGAAACCAGCAGAGAGACUAGGACAAGUCUGCAUAUGUUCAGAACUCUACGUCUUACCAACUUCAGCGCUCAAACCUCAUCCCAGGACCCAAAAAAGACCCACAAUCAGAUUAAAAGAAGAUCUUCUGAAGCUUCAGAAGAUGUGACAAGACAGAGACAUCGGAUAAAAGGAAACAAAAAUCUAGUAUGGCGGACCAACCUCACCAGUCACCAAACCAAUGGACUGAAUCUGAAGUCAGUGACUGGCUGAGAUCUAUUGGAGUGAAGGAGCCAUACAUAGAAAAACUUUAUGAAGUAGAAGUAGAUGGACAAUGCCUUCUUGCACUAGAUGAAGACUUCUUGGUGACUAAGGUUUCCAUGAAAUUAGGACCUGCUAAUCUAAUAAUUAAAAAGAGAGAUGAGCUUAUUAACUUUCAUUCAAAGCCUAAAGAAAAUAAAACCUCUUCCAGUGGCAAUAAUACUGAGUCAGACCAGAAAAAGCAAACCUCAGGACGUAAAAAGGGUCUGGCAAAACAGAAAGCUAAGAGAGAGGAGAAUGUCCUACAAGAAAAACAAUCUGUCGUGCAACAAUAUGAAGUAACAAGGGAAGACUGCAAAGCACGACCAUUUGACAAAGACCCUGACUUUAUAUAUGUUAAACACAAAGUCCUGCAGCCUGAAUCAGGAGCUUUCAAUCUGAUCAAUCCCUGCAGGGAAUUUAAGUCUCUUGUAAAUGCUUCUCAAUUGGAUGACACACGACUUCGAGUGAAAUUUGCCAGAGAAGUUCUGAAAUUUGCAACUGGAUGCAUGAAUGUCAGAACAAAUGGCACAAUCCACUUCGGUGUGAUGGACAGCAGAGAAGAUGCAGGAUAUGUCCAUGGUGAGAUAAUUGGUAUUCCCAUAAAAGACAAAGAUGUUUUUGUAGAUGCUUUGGACUACAUUGAAAGAAGCUUCCCCUCCGACAAGGAACAUGUUCGCCAGUGUGUGCGUCCGCCAAGGUUCAUAGAGGUUAUGGAUCAUACGAGUGCAGAGAAGAGGUAUGUGGUAGAAGUUGAUAUUGUUCCUUCGAUGAGCAUUGUUAGAGGCAAGGUCUACAAAGUCCGUCUGCCGAACUUCAAGGAGUCAACUAACAAAGUUGAAUUUGAGAAAGAAACUAUUCUGCGAAGGGUGGGUUCUAAGACAGAACCAGUGGCUGAUACGGAUCAGUUGGAUUUUUUUCAGCGGGUACAAGAUAGAGACACUCAGAGAGAAGAAGCAGAGAAAUGCCUGUUUCCCAAUGACCCUGAAAUCUAUCAAAACCUUGGAAGGAAACUCACCAUGUUCGUGACAAGUGGGAAGAAAUCCAUCGAGAAGGAAAAAUGGUUCAUAGUUGUGACAAACAAAUUAAAAUCUGAUGACCUUUGUCACAUUAACUGGCUACUUCAAAUGAACAUCUUCUGUGUGUUUGACUUUGAUCCAGACUCCAACAUAACGGGUCUUUGCAGUAAAUACAUUCAAAGCCAUGCUGCAAAUAUGCAUUCUCUACAGAGCUAUCAGAUUCCCAGGGAUACAAGCAUCAAAGAAGUCACAGGCAAGUUGCUCCUGUUUGAGCAGACAAGCUGGAUUUUUUGUAAUGGACGCUCUGAUUUUAAGGGAAGUGAACCGCCAUGCGAUGAAAAAACUUGGACCAACACAAAACGUCCUCUUCUGCGUGAAUCUGUAUCUUUGAUCUGUAAACACAUUUUGCCAAAAGGUACAUUCCAGGUGAUUUUUCUUCUCACUUCACCGAUUGAAAAACCCUUUCUUCACACCUUUUAUGAGUUUUCAGCAGACAUGCAAGGCCAUGAAGACAUCAUUUGCAUUUGUGACUCAGAGGAAAACUUUCAGAAGUGGAAAAGUUUUGCAGAGGCAACAUUUGGUACAGAAACUGUUGACAACCAUAGUGUUGUUGGCAUGAAAAUGAGCCACAUUGAAGCAACACUGCAACAAAUACAACCUGUAACAACACAUACCACCAAACAUUUAUCCACCUUUGCAAAGGGAAAAUGUCGUCUUGAGACACGAGAAAAGGAAGACAUGUAUUCAUUGGAAAUCCUGGCAAUCGAUCAUUUUGAUGAAACAUGCAAAGAGUCAAUUGAAGCAAAGAACGAAAACACUGAGCAGCAGUUCUACCACGGUGGGAAAGUGACCUGGUCGCAUCUCUGGCUUGCUGAGCACAAAUACGUUGGCGGGGUCAUUGAAAGGGAUGCAUACAGCGAAGUUUUUGAACUUUUUAAAGAUUUGAAGCUAAAUACCAUGCAUGGUCCUGUGAAAAGAAUCAACAUCUACCAUCAUCCUGGGAGUGGAGGAAGCACUGUGGCAAGGCAAAUACUGUGGAACAAACGAACAGACUUAAGGUGUGCAGUUGUCAAGCCUUCGUACUCUGCUGAUGUUGUCGCACAGCACGCAGUCAAGUUGAGAGAACAUGAUGAAAACAAUCCACAAAGGUGUCUUCCUGUGAUGCUCCUUGUUGAAGACUCAGAACAGGAGUACCUUGAUGACCUAAAGAAUGAACUAGAAGAAGCCAUUCGUAGCCAGAAGAUUCUUUAUGAAAAGCCUUGCUUCAUUUUGUUAAGCUGCAGACGAUGCCAUGAUCCAGAAAAAAAAAUUAAGGAGUCUCCGUUAGAAAAUGUCUCUGUCACUCACAAACUUUCUCCGAAAGAAAAAAGGAUGUUUUCUCAAAGACGUCAGGUGUUAGAGGAACAAUAUGAACCACAGUUCAUCCUCACAUUUGUUUUGAUGAGUGAAGAAUUCACAAAGGUAGCAACAUAUGUUGAAAACUUUGUGACCAAUUUGCUCCAUGGCAUUGAUCCUACAUCUGCCAUCUCUCGCUUCCUACUCUAUGUUGCACUGUUGAACACCUACGUUCAAAACUCGUUCAUCUCCCAAUCUCAUUACGAGGCUUUACUAGGCUUAAGCACAUACAUAGACAAGCUUCGAAAAGCAGUGUUUGAAAUGUCUCUCAACGAGCAGACCAAAUUCAUCUUCUUGUAUCUGAGAGAUAAGAAGACGCACAUUGAAUCAAUCAGAAUCAUUCACCCACGAGUUGCAGAGGAAAUUCUCAAACAGCUGCUUGGUGACCAAAAAAGACAAGGUACCUUGGCAAAAGAGCUGCUUGCUGAGAAAGUUCUGUUUGAGCACAGAUUUGGCAGGGAUGAUUACUUGGCGUUUCUAAAAGCACUUCUCAACAGACGAUCAAAGGUUAGCCGAGGAGAUGAAAAUGACACCUUGUUUUCUCCCCUUAUUGAGUACGUGCGUAAAAAUGAAAGUCCAGAGUUGGCACUUGAGUUACUCAAGGAAGCUUAUGAAUGUUUUCAUGAAGAUGCAUUUUUUGCACAAACAAUUGCUCGACUGUAUUAUUCGUAUGACAAGUUUGAAGAGGCAAAACUCUGGGCAGAAAGAGCUGCCACUACAAUGCCCAAUAACUCCUACAUACUCAACACAAAGGGGCAGGUUUACAGAAGAUGGUUUGAAGCAAAACUGAAAGCCACUGAUUCUAAUAAUAUAGCAAAGACAGCCAAGAACAUGGCGCCAGCGGUGGACCUCGCACUGACAGCUAUGGAGUGUUUCAAACACUGCGAGAAAGUAGCAAUAGCACAUCCAGAAAGCAUGAACAGAUUAGGGUUUUUUGCUGAAAUUGAGGUUGGACACAGUCUGUUAAAAUUGAUCUCCUCGAUUCAAGAGUUUGCAAAUAGAGAUGACAGCUCUUUGGUGUGCAUGAAAUACCUAACCAUCCAAGAUUACAUUCCAGAGGAAAUAAAAGAUGCUUGGGAGCCAUUUCAUGGCCGCCUGAAAAACCUUAAAAACACAAUUAAAGAAUCAUUGGAUUGGAUUUCAGAAGACCUCAGUUACUUCCAGAAAGACGUUGUUGCACAUGAGGAGGAGAUCUCUGAAAGUCCAGAAGAAACGGUUAGAAAUCCACUCAAGGUUUUGACCAAUGCAUCCUCAGCGUAUGGAAAAUACCUAAGUGGAGUUUCAGACAAACUUUUAAAGUCCUCCAAGUCAGUUCUAGCAAAUGCGAAUCCCAGCACAAAACGCAUGAUUAUCUAUCACCUUGGUGGAGGUAACCUAACAUCCAUCUUCUUCAAACUGAAUAACCAGCAGGAAAAGGACACGAAGGACCUACAGACAAUUCUUUCUCUUUACCCAAGCAAUCCACAGACUGCAAGAUUUCCCCAAAAUGACAUAAUUAAUUACAUUGCAGCCAACAUUGCUUUGAAGUGUCUCUCACCACUUUCUCCAGGGAUUGCUCCUUUACAAGAUCUACAAGCUGUCAGCCGCCAGUUGCUUACAGACAAAAGAAACUGCUCUCCUUCUGCCCUGUUCUUACUUACUAUGUUGUUUUGGCCAGAAGAUCAUGAGACAGAAGAUGAGAAAAACAGAAAAUACGAAAUUGUGCUAUCAGCAAUCGAAUACCUGAAAAAGGACUACUGGACAAAGAUGAAGGACAUUCCUCCACGGAAGAGAAGACUUUACACUCAUUUCUUUCUGGGAAAUGGGACUGGCUUGGAUAAAUUUGUGCAUAAAAGCAAGACUGACAGAUACACAAAGGGCCUAACAGUGCAUGAGAAACGCAUGAAGUGGCAUACAGGUGAGGCAUGGAAAAUGCCUGAACUUGCUCAGAUGCUGAAAAGUGUUUCUGGGUGGACUGAAGAUGGAGGGGUGUACCUCGAAGGCCCCAGAGAAAGGAAGUUCAGCAUCCAGCCUCUUUACUUGCCUUCAGUACCCCACAGUAAUGAAAAUGUUACCUUCUACCUGGGGUUUACAUUCAAAGGUCCUGUGGCCUGCAACAUUACACUGAGCAGGUAGAUUGUGUGGAAGAAUCACCUCAGUAUUGACCUUGUUACCAACAAACAUCCUCAGGAAAUACAAAUCCAGAGUUAAACCAGUGAUUCAACUAGUAAUAAUACAAACAUAAAUAUAUAUUUACAAGUACAUUUUAUUGAUGUUUCUGUUUAGACCCUCUCUGUUUGAAUUCUAUGUUUAAAAUCAUUCAGAAAGCCCAAGUACUACAGAUCAAAACCAUUUUCAAAUAAUACAAGAAAGUUGAUUGUUGAAGCAAUUAAGGACUAAAGAAGAUUAUGCAUUUUGUUCAGUAUAUUUUUUAUUAGCCAUUGUUAUAUGCCUUGUUCUACUGAUUUCUUUUAACAUAAAAACUCUGGGAUUUUAAAUGUGUCCUAUGUGGUGUAAAAAGCAGUUUCAGAACCAUUUAUGCAAACUAACUGGCAUCUCUCGUCUUUGACAAACUGAGUUUGAAGGUAAAGAAGCGUAGCUCUGUUGCUGUAGCAACAGGAGGACAUUUCCAGCCUCAUCCAAACCUCUAACUCAGAACCUAACCUUGUUUUAUUUUAAUGAUUUAUACAUUUUUUCAGAAUUAAUGCAUGGUUUUAAAAGGUCUGUAUUUUAGUUUCUACUGAUGACCCAGAUGGUCCAAUGUGUAACAAUGUAUAUGAUUUUGUUAAAGAUAAUGAUGCUUUCUAUGCUUUAAUCUCAGACAAUCUAAAGAGGUUCUUUAGGAACAUCCAGAAUAGAUCUGAUUUGUAACAAACUUUAUUUCUUUUUAUGCUUUUUUGACUUUGGAUAAGACCUUUGUGAGUAAAUUGCUGACAGCCUUUGAAAGUACAAAAUAAAAUGUGUGGAAGUG